CGUCCCAAUACAGAUCAACACAAUCACGCAAUUUGCCAGCGUCCUACCAGAACACGCGCCAUGCAUCCGACGAGUACAAUGUGACUGUCUCUUACACAUAAUAGGUAACGUAGACCUUCAAGCUUUUCGCAUUAUGCCGCAAAGAAGACCGACUUACCUGUAGCUAGCCUAUGAUGGGAUGGUAACAGUGUGACGGGCCUCAAGUACACUUCCCGCGAUGGGAAGCUACGAAGGUCUGCUGUGGACAUAAGCGUGAUCCACACCCGCGUGGGCAAAAAUGACGUGACGGACGCGACUUUUGGCACAAUUGAUCCUUUGGUUCUCCCCUCUUUCCUCCUUCCUCUCCUCGAUUUCCAAACCUUCUCGUGAAUAUCUGACACUCUACCACCCAAUUCACAUCGCCAUUGUGCAUAAUUGUUACAUUGUAAAGCAACAUGGCUGAGGAACUGUCCAAGAACUUCGAGACGCUGCAAUUGCACGCUGGUCAUGAGCCAGACUCAGCGACAAACUCUCGUGCCGUACCUAUCUACGCGACCAGUUCCUACACGUUCAAUGACAGCGCUCAUGGCGCAAGGCUCUUCGGACUCAAAGAGUUUGGCAAUAUCUACAGUCGCAUAAUGAAUCCCACCGUCGAUGUCCUCGAGAAACGUAUCGCCGCACUAGAAGGCGGUGUUGCAGCACUAGCAACAGCGUCUGGCCAGGCCGCUCAAUUCAUCGCCAUAGCUGCGUUGGCACAUGCCGGAGACAACAUCAUUGCAACCUCGAACUUGUACGGAGGCACAUACAACCAGCUCAAGGUCUUCUUCCCACGCCUGGGAGUGCAGACCAAAUUCGUCAACGGCGACAAGCCGGAUGACUUCAAGGCUGCGAUUGACGAGAAGACGAAGGCCAUCUACCUUGAGAGUAUCGGCAACCCAAGGUACAACGUCCCCGACUUCGAGAAGAUCAUAGCGAUUGCGCACGAGGCUGGUGUUCCGGUCAUUGUUGACAACACAUUUGGUGCUGGAGGAUACUUCUGCAGGCCUAUCGACUUUGGUGCCGACAUUGUGGUGCACUCUGCUACGAAGUGGAUUGGAGGCCACGGAACGACGAUUGGUGGUAUCAUCGUAGACAGCGGAAAGUUCGACUGGGGCAAGCAUGGCAAGCGCUUCCCGCAGAUGGUUGAGCCGUCAGACGGCUACCAUGGACUCAAGUUCUGGGAGACUUUUGGAGCCAUCACAUUCAUCAUCCGAGCCCGCGUUGAGAUCCAGCGAGAUCUAGGCGCAGCGCUGAAUCCCUUCGCUGCACAACAGCUCAUUCUUGGUGUCGAAACCCUUUCCCUACGAGCCGAGCGACACGCAUACAACGCACUCAAACUGGCGAAAUGGCUUGAGAACAACAAGAACGUAAGCUGGGUAUCGUACCCAGGUCUCGAGAGCCACCAAUCACACGAGCUAGCGAAGAAGUACCUACCGCGUGGUUUUGGAGGCGUGCUAUCAUUUGGUGUAACAGGAGGUGGUGCAGCAGGCAGCCAGGUUGUAGACAACUUUAAGCUCAUCUCCAAUGUAGCGAACGUUGGCGAUUCGAAGACGCUGGCUAUCCAUCCUUGGACGACGACGCACGAGCAGUUGAGUGACGAGGAGAAGAUCAGCUCUGGUGUUACAGAGGAUCUCAUCCGUAUUUCAGUUGGCACAGAACACAUCGACGACAUUAUUGCCGACUUUGAGCAGUCGUUCAAUAAGUCUAACACGAAGCCGGCUGAAAAGGGUCAGCCUGAGAAUGCAACCAAAACAGGCGGCGGUGAGCCUUCUGCGUCCUUGUCGGGAGCUACAUAGGAAUGUGGUACUGAGUUUGUUGCUCUAGAAACGCGAACAGCGAUUCCGAGAUUGUAGUGCGAUGAAUACCUAAUGGCAGUCCUGGGCCAUAUUGUGGCUGAUAGGUCAGAUGUUUGAUACCUACACUACUUGUUAUCUAUUGCGCAGCGUGAACUCUCUCCGUGGUGUCCUCG